AUGGCUGCUAGAAAUGUCAAAAUCCCUGAACCCUCUACUGAUGUAAAGAAACCUCAUUCAAUGGCAAGCCUGUACCUUGAUCCCAUUAAUGUCAAACCUAAUGUUGGUGCUUCUGAAGAAUGUCCUGUCAUGCGAAAUGUUAUGAAAAAUGUCGAAGCCUCUGAAAUUAGUAAUAGACCUAGAUUUGUUACUACCUUGAGUAAAUCUAGCAUGAUUGUUGCAGAUAGAGACGACGUAGAUAAGAAUAUUCAUUCUCUUGAAAAAUCGAAAGACAAAGAGGAUUCUGAUGGGAUGUCUGGUGAUCUAGCUGAAAAAGAAGCAAAUUCUGUAGAGAAAAAGGAUCAAUCUACUGACAUAGUAAAUAUAGAUGAUAUGGACUCUGAUGAUGUGCCCAUUGGUCAAAGACUGGCUCCAGGAAUAACUAAAAGGUUAAAGAACAAAAAAGAUAUCGUUUCUACUACUAGAAAGCAAGCUUAUGGGAAGAAGAUUCCUGCAAAUAUUCCUGAAGUUCCAAUUGACAACAUUUCCUUUCAUCAUGUGGAGAAUGUUGAAAAAUGGAAUUUUGUUUAUCAAAGAAGACUAGCACUAGAAAGCGAACUUGGCAAAUAUGCUUUUGAAUGCAACAAGGUGAUGAGUAUGAUUCAAGAAGUUGGGUUAAUGAAAACUGUUACUAGCUUUGGAAAGUGUUAUAAAAUACUUGUUAAAGAAUUUAUUGUGAAUGUCUCGAAGGAUUGUGAUAAUAAGAGGAGCAAGAAGUUUAAAAAAGUGUAUGUCAUAGGAAGAUGCGUGGAUUUAUCUCAUGAAAUCAUAAAUAGGUUUUUGGGCAGAAAUGAAGAAGAACAAGAUGAGGUGGAAGUCUCUGAAAAUGUUAUUUGCAGAGAGAUUACUGCUAAAUAA